AUGCAAGGCGGCGUCAUCCGCAAUGAUGGCGGGCCGACGCUGCCCGACGCUGGUUCACAACCGUUCGCCGUCGUGACAAAGGCUGGGGACGACUGCAACAGUUCGUCAUUGGACGCCGCGACUGCUCGCCCCUCGCCGUCGUCAUUCUUCCCGCAACGACCUGACGCAAAGCAGACACUGACAACAUCCAGCGCAAAGGCUAUGUCCUCGCCCGUCCAAGCAUCCCCUCCGCUCCGCCCCACCUCUGCUUCCCCCGAGGACAAGAAGGACUUUAAUCCAAAGCCCCCCGUCCGCCCCCCUCCCCGCCCGCGCGCCUUCGAUCUUGAGCCAAACCCCUUCGAACAGUCCUUUUCCGCCUCCUCCCACCACUCGACCACCUCCAUCCGCUCCGAUCUCUCCCGCGCCCGCGACUCUCUUGGGCCCCCCACCGACUCGUCCACCGCCGACGACCGCAACGCCAGUGCCAACCCCGACCGCCCCAGCUCCAGCGCGGACAAUGCCGCCAGCAACGCCGGCGAAAAAGCCACGACCCCGCCCAAGCCCGUCCUCCCGCCCCUAGCCGCCAUCUCCUCGCCCUCCGACCCGUCCUCCUACUCCUGGUACUCGUCCAGCUUCUCAAACUCCCUCCGCUCCGGUCCCCUGUCCCCCGCCAUGCUCGCCGGCCCGCAGACCAACCCCCCCAACACCACCGCACCCGCCUUUGACCCCGCCUCCUUCCGCACCGGCCUCACCCCUCGCACCGGCCUCACCCCCCGCACCGGCCUCACCCCCGCCGGCACCGGCCUCACUCCGCUCAUGGCCGGCCCCGUCAGCUUCCCCCCGCCCAGCCCCGGCACCGCCGCCUUCCUCGCCAUGAUGGGCGGCGGUGGAGCCCCCGGUGGCGGCGUCGCUCCCCCGGGUCCCACGAUCACGCCCAACACCCUCACUGCCAUCACCGGCGCCCUCGGCCCCACCAACGGCUCCCAGAACGGCGCUGCCCCCAGCUCCAACCCCUCCGCCAGCCCUACGCAGACUCAUACGUCACCGACCUCUGCUCAUAAUCCCCAUCCACUGUCGAUCAGCCACAUUCCGCAGCAGUACACGAUGCAGCAUAUCCCGUCCCAUCAACAGGCCGCACAGCAGCAGCAGCAACAACAACAGCAGCAGGGCGGCGAUUAUGCCAAUUCCGCCGUGAAUGCUGCCAAUACCGCCGCGAAUGGACUCUUCCUCCUCAGCCAGGCGCAUCAGGAGCUGACUAAGCGCGAGGAGAUGCAGCGGCAGCAAGAGGGCACGCCCGUCAACGGCAAGCGCGGGACAAAGAGAAAAUCGUACGACGCGGGCUCCCAUCAACAGGGCUCGCCCACGCCCACGCCGCAGCAGCCCCAGCAGCAAUCGCAACAGCACAAAGCCCAGACGAAGCGCACGCGGAGCAACACCGGCGCGAGCGGCCGGAGUAAGAGCAACCGCGCGGAGAGUGUGGGGACCGACUUUGACGAGGACGACGAGGACGAUGAGAUGGGCGGGUCGCAGCAGGGCCAGAAUGGGCAGAGCGGUGGGGGGCAGAACGGACGUGGGCAAAAGGUGCCCAUGACCGAGGAGGAGAAGCGGCGGAACUUCCUCGAGCGCAACCGGCAAGCCGCGCUGAAAUGCCGCCAGCGCAAGAAAGCGUGGCUCGCGCAGCUGCAGGCAAAGGUCGAGUUCCUCUCGAACGAGAACGAGCGGCUGACGAGCGCGCUGGUGAGCAGCCGCGAGGAGAUCGCGCGCCUGAGCGCGCUCGUGGGCGCCGCGGGCGUCGCGCCCGUCGUCAUCGGCGCGAACCCGCAGAUGGCGGCGCAGCAGCCGGUCAGCGUGAACGUGAGCCUGCCGGGGCACGCGCAUGCGCAUGCGCAUGGGAUGCAGAGGAUGAGUGUGAGCCCGCCCGGGACCGCGGGGGGGAUGCAUGGGAAGGGGUAUGGGUAUUAGGGGGGGUUGUUGCGAUGGGUGUGGGUAUACGUGAUUUGUGAUGGAGGGGACGCGCCCGGCGGAGGGAUGCCCUUGCGACAUAUACACGGGCUGGGAUCCCUCGGGCGGGGUAUGCAUACAUAUCCCUGCCCGCCGGCGAUGAGACGGGGUGGCCCGGGGGUUAUGGACUAUGGUAAAAUGUAAGGUAUUGAGCAGAUGUGUCACUAGGUCCGCUGUGUUGUGCUGCAUAGUCUGAGUCUCAGUCUCGGUUUUUGAUUUGUUGAUUAUGAGUCUACUUGGUGGUAUUUUAUGCAGUGGGAUAAGUAGGUUAUGAUAUGUGAAUGAAUGAAUGAAUAUGAAUAUCGAUCGUACGUGCAGGCGCGGAGGGGAGG